UAAAAUUAAAUUCUUUUUAGUUAUUGAUUUUAAACAGUAGCAAUAACAAAAUUUGAAUAUAAAUUCUUCACAAGUAGAUUACUUUAAGUGGUUUAGAUGUCGAUGGUCAAGUAGAUGCAAAAUUUCCGCGUAGUAGAUUGGAAAAUCCAAAGAAAUCAUGUCUUUUUCAUUAAUGACAAAAUCACGUUUCUGGCAUGUAAAAUUUUGUAGUAUUUCCUAGAACCUAACUUAUUACCACAUGUUCCCAAUCAAACCUAUAAUCUUUGUGGUUUUGUUUUUUAUUUCUUUCUUUCUUUCUUAGUGGCAUGAGCAAUUUUUCUUAUUACUAUAGAGCAAGCGCGUAUCAUCCCUGAUCAUCAUCACCUCGUUCUAUUUAGUUUGCUGCAUUGUCCUUACGUUUGAAUGGUUAAUGUGCCUAAUCAACAAUUAACAAAGCACUCUACUCUCAUAAAUCAUUAUUUCCUUCUUACAAGUGAUGAGAAGAAAUCAAUAACUAUAAACAAGUAAUAAAGAUGAUAUACUUAAAUAACCGCCAAUAACCGCCCAAUUGUUUUAAACUCAAUUUGUAAAUUCCACUGUAUUUAAACUCUUCUUAAUUUAGAAUUCCUUUCUCUAUUCUUAAUUCUCACAAAAAAUGGAACCAACCCAACAGGAAGUUGGAAUCAAAGUUUACAAUGCAACUCCAGCACCGUCCCAUGAUGAUACACGCAAUUCUUCCGGCCCAAUCACUCUUCCGGUGAUGCCUCCAGAGGCUGUCCGGAAGAAUCGCCGUGCCAUCAUGGCAAAGGGUGUCCAGAAGACACUCAACAAGACUUCAUUACUCGGAAACUUCCUCCCAACGGGAACACUCCUGACAUUCGAGAUGGUCCUUCCAUCAAUCUACAAGAACGGACAAUGCAGUCACGUGCACAGCAUGAUGACCCACGUGCUCCUAACCAUAUGUUCACUCUCAUGCUUCUUCUUUCACUUCACAGACAGUUUUCCCGGCCCUGACGGAACCAUUUAUUAUGGUUUCGUGACUCCGAAAGGACUGUCCGUGUUCAAACCGGGGAUUCCGGUUCAAGUGCCAAAGGAUGAGAAAUACAAGGUUUCCUUCACGGAUUUUGUGCACGCUUUCAUGUCCGUGUUAGUGUUCGUGGCAAUUGCUUUCUCGGAUCAUAGGGUUACUAAUUGCUUGUUCCCCGGGCAUGAAAAGGACAUGGAUCAAGUCAUGGAGAGUUUUCCGUUAAUGGUGGGAGUAAUUUGUAGCGGUUUGUUUCUUGUGUUUCCCAAUUUCAGACGUGGAAUUGGAUGCAUGUCUGCGUAAUAUGAAACUUGUUAUUGUGUUAGUAAUAAUUUGUUUGGGAUUUGGUAGUUAUUUCUUUAAUUUUAUCUACAUCAUACUCAUGUUAAUAUUUUUGUUAUGAAUUAAGGGCUACAGAACAAGAAUAAUAUUGCUCUUUUUUUUUAUGGUUGGUUUUUGAAUUUAU